CCGGGCGUGGUUACCAGGGGGACGGCGCGGCCUGGGCCGGGCCUCCGGGCGUUUGGGGACGUUUCCCAGCCGGAGCUGAGCGGGUGGUUGCUCUCCUUGGGACGGGAAUGUGGCCGGGCCCGGACCGAGGCAGCGCAAAUGGGAAACUUGUUCAGCAAGAAGAAGCGGUCCCGAGUGACCGAGCAAGAUAAGGCCGUGCUGCAAUUAAAACAACAACGUGACAAGCUGAAGCAGUACCAGAAAAGGAUUGGCAUUCAGCUGGAAAAGGAACGGCAGCUUGCACGCCAGUUGCUGCACAAUGGAAAGAAGGAGAAAGCCAAGCUCCUGCUCAAGAAAAAACGAUACCAGGAGCAACUUCUUGAUAAAACUGAAGUUCAGAUUAGUAAUCUUGAACACAUGGUUCAAGACAUUGAAUUUACUCAAAUAGAAAUGAAAGUUAUAGAAGGUCUGAAAAUCGGAAAUGAUUGUCUGAAGAAAAUGCAUGAGGUGAUGUCUAUUGAAGAAGUAGAACGAAUAAUGGAUGAGACCCAGGAAGCUGUUGAAUACCAGCGGCAAAUUGAUGAAAUUUUAGCUGGUGGUUUGUCUCAAGAGGAUGAGGAUGCUAUUCUGGCAGAGUUAGAUGCCAUAACUCAGGAAGAAAUUGAACUUCCAGAAGUUCCUGCAGAAGUACUACCAAAUAUUCCUGCCAGUGAGAAAGACAAAGAGCCAGCUAAAAAUCUGCAGAACCAAGUGAUGGUGGCAGCUUCAUAAAUGAAAUUUGUACUCUACAGUGAUGUACGUCUUCAAUGUAUUUUCUAGAGUUGAUCACGGUUCACAACCCCUUUUUGAGGGUUGGAAAGUUCAGACUCUACACACUUGUCAGAAGAACCUUUUAUUAUUCUCGUGGAAUUAUUAUUUUUUAAAUGCAAGCUCCAUGUUGACUUCCUUUUACAUUUGUAUUUAAAAAGAAAAUUCCAGAAGUGAGCAACGCUUCAGAAUCGUAAAGAAUCAGAAUCCAUUAUCAGCCUUCCUAAAUGGGAUCUUUUGUUAGUCAAAGUUGGCAUGUAAUUAUAUGGUAUCUGCUCAUGCCUAAUUGGAGAGGUAUGACUGAAGUUCUGCACUGAUACAUUAAUGUAGUGGAUAAGAAAAGCAGGAAACAUCUGUCUAUGAGACGUUUAUCUCAGUAAUUCAUUUGAGUAGUACAGAUGGAAAUCCAGCCCCUGAGAAGAGUCCACUGUUUAGAGUUGCUGGAGAUGUAGCAGAUUCAGCAUUGAUGGCAUGGUUACUUUUAAUGUUCUCUGACAUGAAACAGUUUGACUUGUAUUUAAGAUGGUUUAUGCUGAAAAUUUUUAAUUUAAGAGAUAUGAUCAGUAUUGCAAAAAUGAAAUUAUCUCCAGAAUCACCACACAAGAGCCUCGAUUCAAUUCCUUGGGUUGAGUGUAAUGGAGGAGUGCUAAAUGGAAGGAAUUGAAAUGGCAGUUACAGAACUUAAUCAAGUUUUCAUGUGGUUUCCACUGUAGUUAUCCAUUUAAUAAAGAACCACUCAAUGCAUACUUUGAUCUGCAGUGCAAUUCCAACAUGUUCUUUCCUUUCCAAGACAAAAUUACUAGCAAUACUGAAGGGAUUGAUAUUUAUUUAAAAAGCAAAGAAUCAUCUUUUUCUUUUUGAGUUUCUAGCCCUGCUGUCAAUAUUCCAUUUUAUAAUCAUGUUUAAAAACUGAACAUUUAAUUGUAACGUGUUUUCUUUGAUCACCAAGCAGAAUAGUUUUGUAUCACAUGGUUGGAUUGUUUCUUGACUUGAACUUCCGGUGUUGAUCAGUAUUUGGACAUGAUAUGCUCAGUUAAUUUUUUUUUUCAUUUAGAGAAUUUUCAAAAAAAAUACCAAACCCUUCCCUUGAUGCAAAUGGGUUAUUGCUAAGUAUUUUGUCCUGCUAUCAAACAGAAUUUUGGAUGUAAAAUUAUAAUUGGCUAAGCGGAAAGCCCCAAAUGAUACUUGCCAGUGACAGGAGAGAGGCACAUUAUCAUCCGUGAGCCACAUUAUCAUCCGUGAGCCAUGAGCUGAUGAGUGGAGUUAGGUAGAGAAUGAGGCAAGUUCUCCCUGUAAAGGCAGCUGGAGGCUAUCAUAAUCAGAGUGCCAGGCAUGCACCUCAAUGGUGUAUGUGGUGAAUGGUGGACUUUACAACCUGAGACACAAAUUGGUAAAAUUACUUCUGUAUUUUUUAAUUAUUGUAGUGGAUGAGGUAAGCUUGCUUUCAUACGUAAAACCUCUACUUUGAUACAAAUUUUGAAUAUUAUAGUUCGAAUGAAAAAUGUCACAGCACACAACUUAUAAACUGGGCAUGUAUUCAGCAGUAUACCUAUUUGACUUCAUAUAUGGAAAGGAUUUUUAAAAUCAUCCUUCAGCUAAACAUUGUAGAACAAAAUGCAAGUUAAUUUUAACAUUUCCAGCAAAUGCCUUAUCUGGGUGUUUCAACUUUUUCUUCAACCAUGCUUGAAAAUGUUCAGAUGUAAACCCCUCUGACCUCUGUAAUUUCUACAGAUUGUCUUUGAUAUUGCACAGUAGAAUAAAGGAAUUAAACCAAGAUUUUUUUCCCUCUU